GCGUGAGCCAAUGGCAGCGCGAGAACAGGGCGGACCUUGCGUUUGGUGCUCGAUCGCCGGUGAUAAACGGGCGGACGCUGGUGCGUCGGGCGUGCGGUGCGCGAGUGACCAAGCCUUCGCUACACCCGGGGGUUAUUUAUUAUGUUUAUGAGAUAGAGCACGAGCGCUGGGCGGGAUCAGCUCAGCAUCAUCCCUGAUGUGAGGACCGCGGGACUCAAGCAUGGAGACACGGGCCACACCUGUGCGCCAGCUGCGUUACCUGCGGACCUGUUGGAGACCACCGGGCACAGUCGCGCAGAUCGGGGCAUCGUUCAGCCCGGCGAUGGCGUUGUUGUGACAACCGGGUUCGAGAAAGACCUUAUGGGGCCCCUUGCGCAUCUACUUAUCAUUACUGGGUCCCGUUCAGACCGGACCGAACCUCGGUGUGUGUGAUUGUGAGACAAAGACCCCUGAAACCGAUGGACGCGGUUCAGCUGGACGGGCUCGAGCCACCACCGGAGGAGAACGGCAGUGUGUCGCAGUCUGCGCCGCACAAGCGGCUCUCGCAGGUGGACACGGUAGUCCUUCCGUUCCUCGGGGGGUUCGGGAGGUACCAGCGGCGCCUGGUGGCUCUGACGUGGAUCCCGGCGUUCCUCAUCUCGUUCAGCCAGUUCUCGGACCAUUUUCUGCUCGGCCAACCGGACAGGAAGUGCGUCCGUCCGGAUCAGAACAGGACGAGUUCGGCUCGGGAUAUCUUCGAUCUGAUCGCGACCGGAAACGGCGCUGAGAGCAGCAACAUCACGGCGUGCGUGUGCCCGGAGUGGAGGUUCGAGCUGCAGUCGGGACUGCAGCAGAAUGUGGUCACCAAGUGGACGCUGGUGUGUGACGGCGAGUGGAAGGUCCACAUCGCUAAGUUCUCUCUGCUGGUGGGCUCGAUCGUGGGGUACCUGCUGAUGGGAGCGAUGGCAGACUGGUUGGGCCGGAUCCCCGUGCUGCUGGUGUCUGUGCUGUCUGUGCUGGUGUUCGGCUUGGCCGUGGCCUUCUCUGUGGAUAUGGCCAUGUUCAGCACGCUGCGCUUCUUCGAAGGCUUCUGUCUGGCGGCGAUCAGACUCUCGCUUUACGUCCUGAGGAUCGAGCUGUGUUUGCCCGCGUGGCGUUUCUCCAUGACGCUGAUCGCCAAUCUGAUCAUCGUGAUUGGUCAGCUGCUGAUGCCCGGUCUGGCGGCGCUGUGUCGUGAUUGGCAGAUCCUGCAGAUCGUCAUCAUCGCUCCGUUUGUGCUCAUGCUGCCAUACGUUUGGAUGUUUCCGGAGUCUCUGCGCUGGUUGCUGGUCACUCAACAUUACAAAAGAGCCAAGCAACAGAUGUACCGCAUCGCCCAUAGCAACAGCAUCGCCACGGCAACCGACUCCAGCGGCAUCCUCUCAGAGCUGGAGGCAGAGCUGCAGCAGAAGCCGAAGACGUACUGUGUGACGCAGAUAACCGGCACCAGAAACCUGUGGAAGAACACCGUCGUCCUGUGUGUGAACUCGUUGACGGGUUACGGCAUCCAUCACUGCUUCGCGCGCAGUGUUCUGGAGGGCAGCGCGUCUCAUCUUCACUAUUACGCGCUCGCGGCGAUCGCCAUCUCGUCCUGCCUGGUGCUGUUUCCGGUGGUGGCUGGCUUCGGCAGGAGAGGAGGACUGCUCACCUUCAUGAUCAUCACGGCUCUGGCGUCGCUGCUGCAGCUGGGUUUGCUCAACCUGAUCGGGAAGUACAGUCUAUUGCACGAUGCAGUUCUGCAGGACACACUGAACCAGCGCUUCUCGCACGCCUUCUCCAUCAUCGGGAUGUUCUCGUCUCAUGCGGUCAGCACACUCAGCAUCUUCUACUGCGCUGAGAUCACGCCGACGGUCAUCAGGGGUGGUGGUGUGGGUCUGGUCCUGGCGAGCGCAGGUUUCGGCAUGCUAACGGCACCGCUGAUGGAGCUCCACAAUCAGAAAGGUUUCUUUCUGCAUCACGUGAUCCUCACCUGUUGCACUCUGCUUUGCACCAUUUGCAUACCGUUGCUCCCGGAGACCGCUGGCCAACCGCUGCCCGAGACUAUCGCUGAGGGGGAGGGGCUUCUGCGGCAGCCCAUCCUCCCUGGAGAGCAGCACCACCUACUGGCCAGGACCGAAGUCAGGGAGUAUUCACGCGUUCAGGACACGCCUCUUCACCAAGUCGUAAAUCCCGGCAAUGGCUUGGUGCCUAGCAACAGCACAGCCAAUGGUAUGAGGACGUCAUAAUGGUGUUUUCUAUGAACGUUCGAAUGAAGAGUUUUUAAACUGUGAAACGCGAAAAGUGCCAAACGCCUCAUUAACCAGCAUCUGUGAAGAUUACUACCAUUGAACAAACUGGAAAUGUUAUUUUAACUUACAUUCACCGAAAUGAGCUCUAUUUUUUGAAUGGCCACUACCGAACAACAAACUCAUAGAGCAGUGUUUUUUUUUUUUGUAAGUUUGGUAUUUAUUAAGGACAGAAUGACGUUGAUAGUAAGAACCGUCUGACUUCAUUCAUGCACGGAAGCUUGUUUCCAUCACAGGGUAAAAAGUAAAUAAAAAAGGUAUUUUGCAAUGUUUUAUCUCGCAAAUCAUACUUUUUCUCGCGAUUCUAAGGAAAAAAGAAUCAAGAUACAAACCCAAGAUAUAAUCGGAAACUUUAAAAUAACAAAACUGAGAAAAGACAGAAUCGUAAGAUAUGAGACCAGAAUUGCAAAAUAUUAACUCGCAAUUCUGAGAAAAGUCAUAAUCGUAGGAUAUAAAUUAAAUUCAGAGGAAAAAAAAUCUAAAUUGUAAGAUAUAAACAGAAUUGCAAAAUUAAAACUAGCAAAUUCUGAGGUCAAAAUCGCACAAUAUAAACUCAGAAUCACAAAGUUUUAAGCUGCAAUUCUGAGAAAAGUCAAAAUGAAAAGAUAUAAAAAUAGAAUUGCUAAAUUAAAACUCGCAAACCUGAAAAAAGUUAGAAUUGUAAGAUAUAAACCUAAUUCUGAGAAAAGUCAGAAUUGUAAGAAAUAAACAUAGAAUCGCAAAAUUAAAACUCGCAAACCUGAAAAAAGUUAGAAUUAUAA